CUAUGAUUGAGACACACAGCGGAUAUGCUCCUGUGUGCGGGAGGGUUAGUAGUCUGAAAAAUAAAAUGUGAAACUGGAGUGGCAGUUGCGAUGAUUUCAGGUAACUGGGGUGAAAUUGAGGCCUCUGUCAGUCGUCUUGUUCCAGGGUAUGUAAAGUUCCAGACACUCCUGGAUGAAGAAAUCGACCCAGCCUUUUGGACUCUGCAGGAUAAUGGCCAUUCAGUUGCAGAGCCGUGCAGUGAACCAAAUGAAAGUAAUGAAGAACUUUCUGAAAAUCGGCUGGAGGGUGAGGAAUCCAAGAAAGACACUCUGACCAUAAUGUUGGAGUCGAUUGCAAAAAGUGGUGCCCAGAUUAAGAGCCAGCAAAAAGGAGAGCCAGACCUAACUCUGGGUGAAAAGUUGGGCAUCCUGAAUGAACUGUAUCACAGUAAGCCCCUAAUCUUCUUGGAGAGGUACUACCGGCACCUCCAACCUGAACACUUGACCUGCUUCCAGCACCUGGCAGGCAGCUAUGAGGUGGAAUUUUACUGUGCAGAGAUCCAUCGUAAUAACUCUCAAAAGAACAGUCGGACUCGCAUUAAAAACAAGCGCUACGCUGCUCUGCAGGGUCUGAUCCGAGAAGGGGAAUAUUUUAGCGAUGAGAGAAUGCGUUCACGUGAUCCCCUUCUUUAUGAGCAAUGCAUUGGCCAGUACCUGACAGAUGAUGAGGUGAUGGAGCAAAAUGCACGUUCCAUGUCCGAGUCACGCUGCCUGUCCGACGUCUUACUUUCCUCCUACCAAGAGCAGCUGAUUCAAAGGAAAAUGGAGCUGCAGCAGGAGAGGGAAGAGGGUGCAGAAGAAGAAGAAGAGGAGGAGGAAGAAGAAAAUGAUGAUGAAGAGAAUGAGCAAGAUGGACCAGCUGGCUUAAUGGAAACUGAGUGGGUUCCCUCGGCAGAAGAGAAAGUCAUGUUGAGGGAGGAAUUCAUCAGCAGGAUGCACCAGCGUUUCUUGGAUGGCGAGGACAGGGAUUUUAAUUACAGUGAGGUGGAUGAUAACCCAGAGUAUGACAAUCUAGAAAUUGUGAAUCGAGAUGCAGAGGAGCGCUAUUUUGAUGAGGAGGAUUCUGAUGGUGAUAUAUAUGCUAUGACUUAGAAGGAACUGGAGGAUUGCAAGCAAUGAACGUGUCAUCAAAUGUUAAACAUGCUAAAUGUAAUAAUAACUUAACAUGUAAAAAACAUUAUUUUAGUCUUGCAUUAGGGUGCUUCACCUCUUGCUCACUUCGAGGACCCCCGGGUUUGGUUUACCGGAUAUGCAAUUUUAAAGACAUUGUUAUUUUCAUGGGAAUUGUUACAUAUGCAUUAU